UGCACAGUUAUAUUUCACACAAUAUUCAAAAACUCUUUUUCCCUAAAACCUCUACCUCUUGCCUUUAAAGGGUUCCACAUUUGCUGCGAGGUUUUGUGUAAUUGUGUCGUCGUACUCUCAACAUGUCUUUGGAAGAAGAAGAAAAUGCAGCCGAACUCAAAAUUGGCGACGAGUUUUUGAAGGCCAAGUGUCUAAUGAACUCUGAAGUUUCUUUGAUUCUUGAACACAAGUAUGAGCAGAUUCAGCAGAUGUCUGAUGAUCCGAGCAAUCAAGUUUCCCAAGUGUUUGAGAAGUCACUGCAGUAUGUGAAGCGUUUCAGCCGGUACAAGAAUCCUGAUGCUGUUAGACAAGUUCGAGAAAUCCUUAGCAGAUAUCAGCUUGCUGAAUUCGAGCUCUGCGUCCUGGGGAAUCUUUGUCCAGAAACCGUUGAGGAAGCUAUUGCCAUGGUCCCAUCUAUAAAGAAUAGAGGUCGCACGCUUGAUGAGGAGGCAAUCGAGAAAAUGCUGAAUGAUCUCUCCCUGAUAAAGAAGUUUGAGUAGUGUCAUUUUGAUUUAUAUCUGCAUUUCAGGUCUGUAAAUAUUUCUGCGAAUUGUGCAAGUACUGCUACCAAGUCUCCAGGACUCAAUGUUGUUGGAAAAAUAUAACUACCGAAGAAAGAGAAGAUUAUGUGGUCUA